AUGUUUGACAGACGGCCGAAUGACUCGGGGCAUAUUCCAUAUUCCUAUUCCAACCUCGAACGUGAUCUGCUAGCCAAUGCCACUGAAAUACCGCACCACGUACUUAUAGUCUAUGGCACCUGGUAUUGCUCUGGAAGCCUGACAGCUAGUAAAAUCGUUGUCACUGCCGCUAGCUGCUUUAUUCAUUAUAAUGGGGAGGCGAUAGCUGUCAAAAUUGGCGCCGAAUCGAUAACUGCUACUGGACAAGUAAUAUCAGUCGUUGAAUACAAAACACACGAAUAUUUUCAGCAUCACAGCAAAGUUGAUAAUGAUAUUGCAAUAAUGGUUCUAAAGGAAAAUGUCGAUUUUGAUGACGGAGAUAUUGAAAAGGUUGUUUUAAUACAGCCUGACGUUGCUCUUCGUGUUAACACGCUGCUACAUGUCUACGGAUGGGGUGGUCCGGACAAAGCAGUGAAGUACCAAAACAUGCCCCUGUGUUCCGAUAUGCUUGUACUUGAUAAAACGGAGUGUGUAUCUCGUUAUGGACAACUCAUGACUUCAUCAAAUUUUUGCGUAAGAUUUAAUCUUCAACGAAAGCUGAGCGAUAAUGGUGGAAGUGCAAUAUACAAUAGGACUUUAGUAGGGAUCCUAUCAGCUGGAGGCAAUAGCAAUGAAUUGCCGCACUUUGCUAUUCUUACUAAUGUAUCUUAUUUCCAUAGGUGGAUUAAACUCAACACGGAGAUGUAUUUAAGAAAAUAUUGCACAGUUCCCAGGUCUAAUGAGUAUUAUCAUAUUGAAUCGUCAGAGUUUCCUGAAACCUAG